AUGGGUAACUCCUCCGGGAAGGGCGAGGGAGAUGAGGAGGAAGAGGAGGAGGAGAAAGACGGCGACGAGGUAGAAAUUGUGCAGAAGAAGAAGAAGAAGAAGAAACAAGAGGAGGUGGUUGAAGAGGAGCUUCCGCUGGGGGUGGAGGAGUUGUUGGAGAGUGGAGAUCCAGUCUUGGACCUUAGCUACCGUCGAUUUAAGCGUUUACCUGCACGCCUUUGUGGGCUGACGCAUGUGGAGAAGCUCUACGCUUGUGGAAACAGCCUACGGGCUCUUCCUGAAGGCAUCGAUCAACUGCAAGGUCUGCGGAUCCUUGCCCUGGACUUCAACAAGAUGGAGGAUGUUCCUCUCGAGGUCUGUCAGCUGGCCAACCUCACCCGCCUCUACCUGGGCAGCAACCGCCUGAUGACGCUCCCGCCUGAGCUGAAGAACCUGCAGAGUCUGCGUUGCCUGUGGGUGGAGAGCAACUACUUCCAGUGGUUCCCCAAGGAGCUGUACGAUCUCCCCAACCUCAGGUCCCUGCAAAUGGGUGACAACCGCCUCAAGACGCUACCUCCCGACCUGACCCGCAUGGAGACUUUGAGAGGGCUGUGGCUCUACGGGAAUCGCUUCCAGACCUUCCCCAAAGUCCUCCUAAGCAUGCACGGCUUGGAGAUCCUUGACCUAGACCGUAACAAGAUCACCGAAUUCCCCAGCCUGAAACGCCUUAGAUCCCUCCGCCUCUUCUCCUAUGACCACAACCCCGUCACAGAGCCUCCGACCGUGGGUGAGGAAGUGAUAGUCGUCGGCGAAGGUGCGGCGGAGUUCUUGGAGGAGCGCGAAGCCAGGAAUGAGAGGCAGCGGAAGGCUGAAGAGGAAGAGGCUGGGGAGUCGGCCCUCGGGGGAGAAGAGCCUAUCAUCCAAGGCAUCUUGAAGAACUGCAGAUCCAACAUGACUCCGAGCGAGGCGGACUUCAAGGACGAGGAAGACGUCGACUCUCCUAUGGCGGAGUUGGAGUACGACGAUGAGGCAUUUGAGUACGAGACGGAGGAGAUGAUCUGCGAGGGAGAGGGCUUUGAGUACGAGGGAGAGGAGCUGGAGUAUGACAGGGCUCACAUGGACUAUGAGUAUGAGGAGGAGAUGAAGGAGGAGGCCUGAGAUUAUCUGCAGUCGGGUGGCCCGCAGGAGACAUCUUUCUUAUCUUCAGCUCUGCUGCUAAUUUAAAAAUGUUCAUUAACUGUGAAAAUAAAAACUUUCAUCUCAGUCUACUGUCAA